AUGCCCUUCCCGAAGAAAUACACGCAGAAUAUAGAAGCUAUUCAGCAAACGAUUCUGAACACAGAAACAACCCUAAACAUGGGAAACAUCAACGUGGAACUUUUGGACUGGAACAGGCAUAUUACCCUUGACUCAGCCGAGACGUCUAUAGCAUACGCACUGCGAUUUUUGAGGGACCUGUGUUGCCGUGUUCAAGAAAGUUGCGUCAAGAAUAAUAACGCAAGUUCCGGAACUCAGGAUACGACCGGACAGCAAGUUCAUCACGGUAAAAAAGAAAAGGAAAAGGAAAGCUGCAUUACAAAACAACUGAAACGCUCACUGAAAAAUCUCAAUGUACAACCAGAUCCGUACGGCAUUCUGCGCUGUCGAGGAAGACUUGAUAAUGCGAAUGUUCCUGAGUCCGCGAAACACCCCAUAUUAUCUACCCUCCGAGGAACUAUUUCGUCUACAAACCAGAAGGCAGGCACAGAAAGCCCUUGCAUCCUCGCUCAAAACGAUGGGAAGCGUGCAGGAAACCAUGAACCGAGAGAAGGCAUGGUAUUACUACUUGCUGACGAUAACCUACCACGCAAUCCCUGGAAAAUGGGGAGAAUAUCGGCAUUGAAACCUGGAAAAGAUGGAGCCAUAAGAGAAGUAGAACUGCAUAUGCCCAACGGAAACAUUCCCAGACGUCCCAUCAAUCUAUUACUCAUCCCUCUAGAACUUAACGACGGAGCAGAACCUCCGAGGGAAAACCAACAACCUGAAUCCGGAAUCUUUCAACGUGCAGAACAGCAAGAAGCACCAAGACAAUAUCAUCUUCGCAGCACAACACAUACUGGUCCAUCUAAACGACAGAGCAGAACAUUGGAUCAGAACGACAACAUCAUUGAAAAGCCGGGAGUAUAG